AGAUUCCCAGGGUGGAACUGUAGGAACAAACAAUGUCAAUGGUUAACCCUGGUCCUCGGUGUCUGGACCUUUUCUCUCCUUUAUUAUUAACCAGAGAAUGUUUUUUCCCAGUGCUCAGCCGUGAGCACCCAGCUCACAGAUCUUCUGUGGGGAGAGUGAAUAAAGGUGCUGGCAGCCUGAGACAGAGCACGAAGGAGCAGACAGCAAAGACCCCGGAGGUGUCGAGCUGCCGUGCUCUUGCAAGAUGAAAAGGAUACGGGGUUUGGACCUGAACUUCAUUAUCGGUUCCUAAGGUUUUAACUGGAAACCCAAACCCACAGAAAGCAAGGCGCAGAGACCUAUUUCGGUUACCGGAGUCAGCUGGACGCCCGCAGGGCGCAGGAAAGAAUGAGCUACUACGGCAGCAGCUACCCGAUCGUGAACGUGGACCCCAAGUACCCAGGGUUCGCCCCCGAGCACCUCGUGGCGGAGAAGCGGCGGGCCCGCAGACGCCUGCUGCACAAGGACGGCAGCUGCAACGUGUACUUCAAGCACAUUUUCGGAGAGUGGGGGAGCUACGUGGUCGACAUUUUCACCACCCUCGUGGACAUCAAGUGGCGCCACAUGUUCGUGAUAUUCUCUUUGUCCUACAUUCUCUCCUGGUUGAUCUUUGGCUCGAUCUUUUGGCUCAUAGCCUUUCAUCACGGGGACCUGUUGAACGAUCCGGACAUCACGCCUUGCGUGGACAACGUCCACUCCUUCACCGGGGCCUUCCUGUUCUCCCUGGAGACCCAGACCACCAUCGGCUACGGCAGCCGCUGCGUCACGGAGGAGUGCUCGGUGGCGGUGCUCGUGGUGAUCCUGCAGUCCAUCCUCGGCUGCAUCAUCAACACCUUCAUCAUCGGGGCCGCGCUGGCCAAGAUGGCAACGGCGCGCAAGCGCGCCCAGACCAUCCGCUUCAGCUACUUCGCGCUCGUGGGCAUGAGGGACGGGAAGCUCUGCCUCAUGUGGCGCGUGGGGGACUUCCGACCCAACCACGUGGUCGAGGGCACCGUUCGCGCCCAGCUCCUCCGCUACUCGGAAGACAGCGAAGGGCGCAUGACCAUGGCGUUCAAGGACCUGAAGCUGGUCAACGACCAGAUCAUCCUCGUCACGCCCGUGACUAUUGUCCAUGAAAUUGACCACGAGAGCCCUCUGUAUGCCCUUGACCGGAAAGCAGUGGCCAGAGAUAACUUCGAGAUUUUGGUGACAUUCAUCUAUACUGGGGACUCCACGGGGACUUCCCACCAGUCCAGGAGUUCCUACGUGCCCCGGGAAAUUCUCUGGGGCCACAGGUUCAACGACGUCUUGGAAGUGAAGAGGAAGUACUACAAAGUGAACUGCUUACAGUUUGAGGGCAGCGUUGAGGUCUAUGCGCCCUUUUGCAGCGCCAAGCAACUGGACUGGAAAGACCAGCAGCUCCACAACGUGGAAAAGGCACCCCCAGUCCGAGGAUCGGGCGGCGUGUCAGAACCCAAGGUCAGAAGAAGGUCAUUCAGUGCAGUGGCCAUUGUCAACAGCUGUGAAGGCCCAGAGGAGACCACCGCCUGUGCCAUCGAUGAGUGUAAGGAAGCACCUUAUCAGAAAGCUCUCCUGACUUUAAACAGAAUCUCUGUAGAAUCCCAAAUGUAGUCUCACACUGUAAUUGCACUUAAUUGUUUUACUAUCUAGUAAUUACCUUAAGGCAAGUUUUAGUUAUAAAAAGGGCUAUAAAGGAAUGUUACAGUUCUGUUUGAUGCUGAUGGGGAGUCAGAAGAACAGGUAAAACUUGAUGAAAGAUAAUCUAAAAAUUACAUAGACCUAUCACUUACUCUUUCUUUUUUUUUGCUAGCAAAUUUUGCAUUAGGGACGUGACUAGUACAAUUCAUGAGAGUCUGACUCAUACGAAUUUCACCUCCUUUUAUUAUUCCAUAGACUUGCACCUUAAAUUGCAGGUGUAAUAAUAUUCAAUAAUGGGGAAGAAAGGUAGAAUGCUAGAAUACAUAAAAAAUAGAAUAGGCAAUCAGCAUCGAUAAUUUUAAUGUAUCAGAAUUGGUACUGUAAAGAGUGGCUUCCUAUAAAGAAAUCAUAUCAUCUAACCAGGAUAUGCAAAGCACGCAUUUAGUAGGUGGCGGUGUUGAGAAAUUGAAGCGUGACAGCAGUUUUUCCAUCUGAGUCCCUCUGUGUGCCCUCACUGUCUCUUGGCAUCAGCAAGAAGAGUUAGUGACUGUGAGAAACAGACAGUGCCACCAAUUCAGAUGGCUUGUCCCCAGCCACUUGCUCAGGUAAUGGUCAGUGAGUGCUAGGAGCCAUUUUUCCUCUAGCCCAGGAGGCAGAAGAAAAGGUGGUGUUAUUAUUUAGAGCAGUAUUUCUCUCAGGUGCCUUGGUCAACUCCAACCAGGAAGGGCAGGAAUAAGGCCACCCUGACCUUGGUAGGUUUUCUGACAAGCAGGCAUUUUAUGCCCACCUCCCACCUUCCCCAAGGACAAGGUGAGGGAACAGGAUCGUGGAGAUGGGGGAGGGAGCGGACAGCGGCCAUGGACAUCCUGGGACUCCUCAGGGAGAAGACCUACAGUGUCCUGAAGUGCAGCAGCUUGGACUGGCUCCGUGAGGGAUGGAACCUUUGUUUUCUCAGCGGGUCGGGGGAGGCAAGGGGAAAGGCAUUUAUCUGCGCUUUGAAGCAGGUGUGAUGCUGUCUGUCUUGGUCACUUUGCAAAACAUAAAUACCUUGAACUGUGGCUUUUAAGACAUUUUUCUAUGGAAUUUAGAACAAUCAUUUAAAUUGAAGAUUUUGUAAAAUAUAAUUAAAGGAAGUUAAUGCACAUUAUUAAAUGGAGAAGCUGAGGGUUAUCAAAUUGCUUAAAUUUGAAGACAUGGGGUACAUCUCUGUAUUUUAUUUUUAUGUUAGAAAAUGCUAAUCAUGACUACUUUAAAUACAGAUGCAGUCACUUUGCUUUAUAAAUUGGAGUUAUUAGCUACAUUCAGAAUCAUCUGUAUUUUUUACAAUUGUUGUUGAGUUGGCAAUCAAUAUAUGGCAUAGAUUUUUAUUUAUUUUAUUUAAAUACAUAAACACACAUAGUUCUGGCUUUUUGAAAUCUUCCUCUCUGUCUGUUUAAAUUAAAGCACACAAGUACAUUGAACUAAAUUACAUACUCCAAGAUGACCAAUAGUAGUAAAAUACACAGGUAUAUAAAGUGUUUUUCUUCUUUUUUCUCUUUUUCCUUCCUCUUUCCUCUUUUUCUCCCUUCCCUCCCCUCAUUCUUUCUUUUGCCUGUGAACAACAAAGUUACUUUGUAACUGAACACGUGCAACUUUUUUAUUUCUGUUUUUUCAUGGAUGAGAGACUUGUUCAGGCCACAAGUUGCAAAACUGUCUUGAAGCUUAAUGUGGGAGAGACAAAUGAUGCACUUGUUUGCCUACUACCAUCUUCGAGUGUUGCUUCGCUUUCCUUUGCUUCCUGCACUCUGUCUGCCUGAGACCUUGCUGUGUGAGCAUCGCAAUAGAGACAUCAAUGUUCAAUAAAUACAUUCCGUCAUCAAAUUCUCUUACCCAGAAUAGAAUGUACACUUGGCAUUCCCAUGUAUCAUUUACCUCUGAUUUUCUGUUUAGAGUUUAUAACAUGCUUUGACACCCCAAAGACUUACUCGAUAAUAAAGAUCCCCAAAAUAACACAGAAAGUGUGCACAUGUGCCUGCGUUCCAGGUGGUGUGAGCUCUGCCACUGGGGUGGGCAGUGGUGCCACACACAGCGAUGACACCCUUUUCCCGCAGAAUGAGAAC